CCCAGUCACAUCAAGGUGACCCUGCCGGCGCUGUCGCCGACGAUGGAGCUGGGCACGAUUGUCAGCUGGGAGAAGAAGGAGGGCGACAAGCUGAACGAGGGCGACCUGCUGGCGGAGAUUGAGACCGACAAGGCGACGAUGGGCUUUGAGACGCCCGAGGAGGGCUACCUCGCCAAGAUUCUCAUUCCCGCCGGCACCAAGGAUAUUCCCAUUGGAAAGCUACUCUGCAUAAUCGUCUCCGAACAGAGCGACGUGGCCGCUUUUGCCAGCUACGUGCCCACGGGGGCUGACCUGGAGGGGGCCGCAAAGGCCGAACCACCGCCGCCUCAGCAGCAAGCGUCCACUCCCUCACCUUCACCGCCUUCAGCUCCUUCAGCCGCCGCCGCCGCCCCAUCAGCG